AAGACUGCCUGUCAGACUUAAUAAAAUGACCGCCCAGUGACCCUAGUGUGUGAGUGACAAGCUGGGCAGGUGACCAAUCCUGCAGGCUUUGAGCCUCGAAGAACCCAGCUCUCCCAGCCACGUGUCCUGUCCAUAGAGCACGCUCGCCCCCUGUCGGCCUUGAGUUGCUUGACUAUUAAUAGUGGAGGAGGAGGAAAGAAAAAACUCGCUGUGGCCGGAAGUGACGCGCAUUAGGGGCGCCGAGCAGCCGUGCUGGUGAGUCGCGCCCAUGUGGAGCUGAGCCCUUGGGGCUACCUGCUAUGGCUGCGACCGGGUCCUCGGUGCCGUCUCCGGCGGUGCCAUGUGCGGGGGCCACUGGCGGAGGUACUGGAACCCCCGAGACCGUGGGGGAAUGGCUGCGGAGCGCCUACCGCUUUGUCACCGACAGGAACGACUUCCGGAGGAAUUUGAUUGUUAAUUUGGGACUUUUUGCUGCCGGUGUCUGGCUGGCUCGGAACCUGAGUGACAUUGACUUGAUGGCACCCCAGCCAGGCCUGUAGCUCAGCUGAUGUUAACUAGUGACACUUCAUUUCUAAUACUGCCUUCCGUGAUCUGAAUGCAGUUUCUUGGAAGCUCUAUCCAACUUGCAGCUUUGAUCAUAACAUGACCAUCAGAAGAUCUGCUUUGACUGGCUACCACAAAUCUGAUUCAGACUUGCUACAUUCCCUUCUGUUAUCUUUUUUUCUGGGUCAGUCUAUGAUCAGCCAUAGCUUCAGUCUCUACUUAGGCAUGGUGUGGGGUAUAUAUUGCCUUUGCUCCAUAUAUUGUACAUAUCUUACAAAUCCUUGAAGAUUGGGCAGAUGCCAGUGUGUGUUACAAAUGGCAUUUGCUGUUCUCUUCAGUUAUUAAAAAUUUUUUUCUCCUAAAAUGUUUGAAAUAAAGACAGUCAACAAAGA